AUGGAUUUGCUGGGUGAUAUUGUAGAGAAGGAUGUUGACGAAGUCAGCGAAGUCGGGGAGUUACCAGAUGGUGGAUUUCCUAAGCUUUAUAAGCCGGAGAAAGUGUCAUCCUGGAAGGCAAGGUUAAAGAGGAAGCAACAGGCUAGUCAGACUGGAAAAGUCAAUGAAUUGAGCUCGAGCAGGGAGUCAAUGAGAGCUGUGGAAGAAUCUGCCGCUCAGAGGAUACAUAGGGAGAACUUGGAGACUAUGCGCAAGAUGAGUCCCGAAGAAAUAGCAAGGGAAAGGCAGGAAUUGUUGGAAUCUCUGGACCCCAAGCUUAUCCAGAAGCUAUUGAAAAAUGUUCAGAAGUCUGAUAAGAUCUUUGCAGAGAUUGAAGGUGCUUCUGGAACUUGGGUUGGUGGUAAAAAUGAGGCUGUGGCAAAUGUGGAUGAUUUACCACCGUUGGAUGAAGAUAUGGUAAAUAGAGCUCUAGAUCUCAAUGCUACCGAGCUCCCAAAGGAAACCAGUGCUUCACUUCCUAAGGACGAUGAAUCUGACAAGCAAGAAUCUGAAGAUCAAGACAUAGCACCGCCGCUCGAUGAUGACGACGUUGCCCCAUUGGAGUUUCAAGUGGCUCAAACGAUUGACCACAUGGCCAAUGAGGAUCUGCUAAAGGAUGUUCAUUUUGUAGCGCCAAAGGUAGAUGAAAAUGAUGACGAUGAUCCACUAGAUAUCAAUGACCCUGAGUUUAAUGAGAAACUACACAAGAAAUUUUUCCCAAAUUUACCAAAAGAAGUAGACAAGUUGAAAUGGAUGGAAAAGCUCCCGGAAGAUAAGGGUAUUUCAACCAUAGAAGAUGUUACUCAGUGUAGAUUUGACUUCAAAGGCAACUUGGUACCGCCCAAUAGACCUAUAGACAACACCAACUCAGGACUGCAUCAUCACUCUGAGGACCAGCAUCUGGCGGGCUAUACAAUUAUUGAACUAGCACAUUUGGCUCGUUCUCAAUUUGCUUCUCAGAGGGCAAUUGCUAUACGUACACUGGGGAGAAUUCUAUACAAACUAGGGAAGCAAGAAUACAAUUCUCAACUCACAGUUGAAGUUAACGAUGAAUCUGAAGCUGAAGAUGCCACAAAACAUAUCUACAUGAUGUUUUGGGAUCUGGUAAAGGAUACCAAGGUUAUUGAACUAUUGGAACUGGGCUCUGAUGAAAAAUAUACUAAGAGUCUAUCGAUUCGCAAUUACGCUAUCGAAGCGUUAUGGUUAUGGAAACAGGGUGGAGGGAACAAAUACAAGAAUAAGUAG